CCGUGUAACACAUCCUCGUGAUCAUUCCAAGCGGUAAGAUCGUGUUUUGAUGUUUGGAAAUUGCUUUUUCUUAAUCUACAGGAAAACAAAGACAUGUCUGAUGAAGGCCAGGCGAUCUCAGUUCUAGACGAGGUUCCAGUGGAAUCGCAUCCAUGCAAAAAGAUUACGGUCGAUGUAAUGAACAAGGUACUUAACAAAUCAGAGUACAUCGGAGAUUGUGAUCGUCAUAGAAAUCUCGUAGUCGGGGUCCGCCACCAUAUUGCCCAGGAACGAAAAUGGGUAUUGAAAAAUUGUAAGCUCACCAUUGCACUCGAUAAUCCAAACGGAGCCGUAAAUGACCGUGUCAAAUGUAUCGUUGUCCGUGCUGGGAAAUGCGACAACGAAAUCCAUUGUGCAAGAAAGCCAAAUGGAACCAUAUGCGUGAUGUAUACAAAGACGUGCAUGCGCUUGAAGGUUCUAAAUGGAAUAAAGGAGGGAAUAAACAUAUUCAAAGGUGCUUUGACGAUCGCCUUCGAACGGGUUUCACAUGAAGCUAUGGUGGGGUUCAGAAAUCAUCGUAUGUUAGAACAAAACCGAGGCCGCCAAGGCGAUAAUGCGCAAAGCAUCGAAGUUAUGUACUGAAUGCAUUCCACUUCAGUCAGAAAAGUUGGACACUAAUAAGCCCUCUACAUAAUCAAAACAUUUUCAGUGAAUUUAUCAUGAUGAAAAUAUAUCUAUUUCAAUGUCCAAUUUGAUUGGCUGAUAAAUAACUUUGGGUAUGCAAAAUGAUAAGUUAGAAUUUCAGGUUUAUAUAUUUUUAUUCACAAAGAAGUAAAUGACUAUAAAUGUGGUCAAACUGGCUAACAUUUACCAGAUCGUAUGGCCCUCCGUACCAUAAAGGCAAGGCAGCAUUGAUCACAAAUAUUCUAUAUUAAUAGCAUAUAUAUUGAAAUAUUGAAUAAUCUACCAAAUAUUUAAUUUUGUAAUAUAAUUUUUGGAGUUUUACUAAGAUGAUCCCAAAGCUCACAUCAAUUUAGCAUUCAAAUGGAUUUGUUUCUGGAGCUCCGUAUUAGCCCAAUGAUAAGGAUAUGUAUAUACAGUUGGCUGUCCGGAAUUACGGAACUGUUUAUGCAUUUAUGCUAAUCACUGAGUGAAGAAAUAUGAUACCAUCAGCAAUACAAUGAUUCCUCACGCA